UUUUAGAAGAUGUGUCGUAUGUAAACAUAGUAUAUCAUCUCUGUUUCACUAUGCAACAACGUGACAAGUGAAAUAAUUUUACGCGAAGUGCUUUGCCAAAACAAGCCAAGUUUGAAAUGCAUGUUUAGGUUAAAAUAUUGGAAAUUAUUGUACAAGGGCACAUGUAAACCACCAUGACUUCAAUUAUAAAGGUACAUGCUAUUUCUGGAGCAAUGGAUGAAUCACCUCCAUGUUACAUGCUCCAGGUUGAUGAUUUUAGGAUACUGUUGGAUUGUGGAUGGGACGAGAAAUUUGACCCAGAGUUCAUGAAAGAACUGAAGAGGUAUGUUCACCAGAUUGAUGCAGUGCUUCUCUCAUAUCCAGAUCCACUACAUUUAGGAGCACUGCCAUACCUUGUUGGCAAAUGUGGCCUCAACUGUCCAAUUUAUGCUACAAUUCCAGUCUACAAAAUGGGACAGAUGUUUAUGUAUGAUUUGUAUCAGUCUCGGCACAACAUGGAGGACUUUGAAUUGUUUACACUGGAUGAUGUUGAUGCUGCAUUUGACAAGAUAGUUCAACUGAAAUACAAUCAAAGUGUAGCAAUGAAAGGAAAGGGCUAUGGCCUCACUAUUACACCAUUACCUGCAGGCCAUAUGAUUGGUGGUGCUAUAUGGAAGAUUGUAAAAGUAGGUGAGGAAGAUAUGGUGUAUGCUGUAGAUUUCAAUCACAAAAAAGAACGUCACCUUAAUGGCUGUGAGUUGGAGCGUCUCCAGCGACCAUCCCUUCUCAUCACAGAUGCAUUUAAUGCUACGUAUCAACAGGCAAGGCGACGUACACGCGAUGAAAAACUAAUGACAAAUAUAUUGCAGACAUUAAGAAGUAAUGGUAAUGUCUUGAUUGCUGUGGACACUGCUGGAAGAGUUCUGGAAUUGGCACACAUGUUGGAUCAACUUUGGCGUAAUAAAGACUCAGGUCUUAUAGCUUAUUCAUUAGCAUUGCUCAACAAUGUCAGCUACAAUGUUGUAGAGUUUGCAAAAUCACAGAUUGAGUGGAUGAGUGACAAAUUAAUGCGAACUUUUGAAGGAGCAAGGAAUAAUCCUUUUCAGUUUAAGCAUCUACAGUUAUGUCACAGCAUAGCUGAACUCAGUCGAGUACCAAGUCCAAAGGUUGUUCUGGCCAGCUCUCCUGACAUGGAAUGUGGUUUCUCACGUGAACUUUUCUUGCAGUGGUGUUCUAAUCCUCUUAACAGCAUCAUUUUGACCAAUAGGACAUCACCUGGAACACUAGCCCGACAGUUAAUUGAGCUUGGUGGGAACCGCACAAUGACUUUGGAAGUACGGCGUAGGGUGCGUCUUGAAGGUGCUGAACUUGAAGAACAGCAGAGAAAAGAAAGAGAAGCAAAGGAGGCCCGGGCAGAGAAAAGUGAAGAUGUUGACAUGAGUAGUGAAUCUGAGGAUGAAAUGGACAUGACUGCAGUUGGAAGAGGCCGGCAUGACUUACUUGUCAAGCAAGAAACGAAAGUACAGACAGGGUUUUUCAAGAGCAGCAAGAAGCAGCACCCCAUGUUUCCCUUCUUUGAGGAAAAAGUUAAAUUUGAUGAAUAUGGUGAGAUUAUUAGAUCAGAGGACUACAAGAUGGUUGACUCUAAUCCUGAAGCAGAAGAUAACAAGGAGAAUGUUGAAAUUAAGGAAGAAGAAGUAACAGUGGACAUCACUGAAGUGCCUACGAAGUGUGUGUCAUCUGUACGCCAAGUGCGUGUUGUAGCACAAGUCCAGUUCAUUGAUUUUGAGGGCCGCUCAGAUGGUGAAAGUUUGCAAAAAAUCUUGGGCCAAUUGAAACCACGUCGAUUAAUCCUUGUGCGAGGAAACACAGAAGGAGUACAGAUGCUACAAAAUGCAUGUAGACAUUGGGGAGCAGCUCGUGUAUUUGCACCUCAACGUGGAGAAAUUGUUGAUGCCACAACAGAGACACACAUAUAUCAGGUUCGGCUGACAGAUGCUCUUGUUUCAUCACUCCAACUGAAACGUGGAAAAGAUGCAGAGCUAGCAUGGAUAGAUGCUCACAUAACUACAAGAGAAGCUUCAAAGGAUGUAAAACCUGUAGAUGCAGAUACAGAGAAAGACGAAAAGGACGAUGACCAGAUAUAUACACUGGAACCAUUGCCUCUCAAUCAGAUCUCAGGUCACCAAACAGCAUUCAUCAACGAAUUAAAGCUUUCUGAUUUCAAGCAAGUGCUCACAAAGGCCAAUAUCAGCUCUGAAAUAUCUGGAGGUGUUCUCUGGUGCUGUAAUGGAACAGUGGCCGUGCGAAGGCAUGACACUGGCAGAGUCACCUUAGAAGGCUGUUUGUCAGAAGACUAUUAUAAUGUCCGAGACUUACUAUAUGAGCAGUAUGCCAUUGUCUGAAAUCUGUUGGUGUUAUUAGAGGAAGAUUAUCAAAAUGUUGGUGAACUUGAAGAGCCAUCACCUGUGGCACUGAGUGUUAACGAUACAAUUGAAAAGAAUUGUAUUUUGUGGAGCACGUAUUUGUCAGCAGCUUAUUUUUAAAGUCUGCUUUGUACACUUUGCUGGAAAUAUUGGAGAAGUUCAGGAGAUUCACCUGUAUAUGGACUUGUAAAUAUCAAUAGCAUUGUCUACUGCUGAGCAGUGACAUAAGCCAUUUCUGCAAGGUUUAUAUUUGAGAUUCCACAAGGGAUACAAUUUUGUAUAUAUGACUUUCUUUCAAUCAGAAUGAAAUCAGGAUCAUCCCUUUUGUGAUGCUGAUUCCUCAAAGCUGAUUGUUAAUGCACAAGUGGUUUUUUUUUUCUUGGCUGCAGAUCAGUCGUGUUUGUCUUGUAUUCAACACAGUGUAUAGUCCAAACAACUGAAAAUUGUGCUGAAAAAAAUCCAUCAAAAACUAUGUUAAUAUUUGGUGAAUUCCUUGUGCCUAAAAGUUAUGGAUCCCGCAUUUCUCUGAAACUUGUGGUGACAGGUAUAAAUAUCAGUUGCUGAUUGUCAUUUCAGUUGCCUGGUCCCAACAACUUGUUUACUCUUUAAAUUUUUUUAAAUCCAACAUUAAGAAUAUGUUGUGAAAAUGGCACAGUUUAAGCUACCUUGAAUGGGGUAGAUCUAGUACUAUAUGUUUUAUCGGUGUUUAAUGUGUUCGUACUAUAGCUUUAUUCCUACUGAUUUACUGUCUGAUUUUUUCCUCCUUCACUUUUUGUAUGUUGUAAACCUGUUAUUUUAUGUGCAUGUAAUGGCAUGCAUAUGUUGUUUUGAUAAAAAAUGGACUUAUCACUUUUUAUUUUGAUCCGUACCAAGGAUAAACCAUAAUGGAAAUUGCAAGGCGAAAGAAGAUAAGAAAUGACACAUGAAAGAUUGGAAAAAAUUGGGUUGGCAUUCAUACAGAAAUAAACUGCAGCUGUUAUUCCUAAAUCAACAAGUAAUGUAAUAUAUGUGAUGAACUCAAGAACUGAAGGAGUAUUAUUUAUUGGAUGAGAGAGAGAAAAUUAAUGCUGAGAAGUGGAAAAUAAGAUGAUCAAAAUAUUCAGAAUGGAAGGGAGUUGUAAGCUGUAAAAGAUGAGGAGCUAAGACAAACAGAUGUACAACCAAAGACAACCGCUGAUGACCUCGACGUUGAGCGCCCAUAAGCCCCAACCAUAGACAACCAUAGGAAAAAGCUAAUGAAAGACACUCUUGUUACAGUUGUACUGUUACAAUUUUACGAUUUUAGUUCAAAAUAAAUAAGUACGUCAGAUGGA